AUGAAUAACGAAGGUUCUCUGCUUGCUUUUGCUGCUGACCAAGCACGCACCACCAAGACGUACGCCGCCAUUGCAGCCAGUAUUUGGGGAACAUACAAACAAGAGUGUGUCGCUGGGGAUGUUGGAUCGAAGGGUGGUUUGCAGUUUCUUAUCAUGGAUUGUGAGGAUGGUAUCGUAUAUGUCACAAGCAUUAGUAGCAUGUUGUUAUGCAUGGUAAGCGAUCAUACUGUUGAACUUGGUAUUCUACGCGCCAAGGCCGAAGCCAUUUCGAAUCACUUGCAAGGUCCACUUGACACAGUUGCAUACCAGGCAGAUUAUGUGCAGUAUUGA